AUUUCUUGUAGUAAUUUAAUAAUAAUGCGUACAAGAUAUUUGUAUACAGUCUCGUGAUUUACGAUGGUUGACAGUAUCGCACAGGAAGGAACACUUGCAGAUUCAUUAGUUUAUUCAAAACUUUAUCUCAGAAUAUUUUGAUAGAAAACUUGGGAUAAAGUUUUUAGAUAGGAAUGUGGAAUCUCGUGUUAUUGUCUUUAGUUUGCUUAAUAGUUUCAUUAAUUUACAACUUUUAUCUAUCUGAACCGAUCAGCAUCGUACGGUAUCCUAAAAAGAAUUACGACUACAUAGUAGUAGGAGCUGGAACAGCAGGGUGUGUUAUUGCAUCGCGAUUGUCAGAAUCAAAGGAAGUAUCUGUACUACUCGUAGAAGCCGGAGGAUAUUUCAAAUGGCACUCAUCCAUCCCCCUAGCAGCACCUCUACUUCAAAGGACCAACUCAGACUGGGCAUAUGCAACAGAUUCUCAGGAAUAUUCUUCAAGAGGCCUUCGUCAUCAAAAACAAUUCUGGCCUAGAGGUAAAGGCCUAGGAGGGAGUGGGCAGAUGAAUUUCGUUCUUCAUUCGUUUGGUGUACCAGAAGAUUAUUCACGCUGGCCAGCAGAAUGGUCGUACAAAAAUCUCUUGCCAUACUUUAGACGAGUAGAAGAAAUAAUAAACAUUACCGUAGUAUCAGCCGAAGAGAAGUUAGCUAGGGCAUUUCACAAAUCUGGAAUUGAAAUCGCGCACAAAAACGCAACGUUCUCUCUGGCAAGUAACACCUUGAAAAAAGGUGCGCGAUCGAGCAGUUAUCAUGCUUACCUAAAAAGGGCCUGGAGUCGAAAAAAUCUUCACAUAUUGAUGAACGCGUUGGUCACGAAAAUUCUAUUUACGAAAUUGAGGGCCGAAGGCAUUCAAGUUAAAUAUUCAAGUGGCAAAGUGGAGCGGAUAAUGGCAAACAAAGAAAUAAUUUUAUGUGGUGGAACAGUCAACACCCCGCAGUUAUUAAUGUUGUCCGGUAUUGGGCCAGUGGAUGAGCUCCGAAAGCAUCAUAUACCGGUUGUAAAGCAGCAAGAACAAGUUGGAAGAAACUUGUACGAUCAUCUGAACGUCCCAAUUUAUGUAAAUCUUAAAGCACCUGUAAGCGUGACCUUGAAUAAGUUGAAAUCCUUUAAUGAGAUCUUCAAGUUCUUCGUUUUCGGAAAUGGUAUGCUAGCGUCAAACGCUAUCGUUGGUACGGGAAGAUCAGGACACAGUGGAAUCUUACUUUUCGGAAUGGGAACAGUCGAUGAAAGCCUGCUGAAAGAAAUUGCGAAUUUUCACACUUCGACUUUCAGGGCUGUAUUCCCGUCGUACGCCGAUCCAAAACUGGAAGGUUUCAUCUACUUGAGCAGUUGUUUGCAACCAGAGAGUCGCGGAAACAUCACUUUGAGAUCAAAUGAGUCAUCAGAUUCGCCAAUCAUUAAUCCUGGGUACCUGGAGAGCGAUCACGACAUCGAAUGUACCCACAAUGCAAUCCAGUUAGCCCUGGAAACGUUAACAACAACGGGCUUUGUUGAUCUGGGUGCGUCGGCACACGUCCCUAAAUUGAGGGAAUGUAGUAAUUGGCCACAGGAUUACACAAAUCAUGAUUUUACUGAAUGUCUAACCAGAACCGUAGGCUUGACCAGUCAUCAUCCUGGUGGGACAUGCAGGAUGGGAAAAAAUCACGACAGUACCGCAGUCGUGGACGAAGACUUGAGGGUCAUCGGAGUCGAUGGUCUGAGAAUUAUGGAUGCCAGCGUUCUACCAUAUCCGGUAUCAGGAACACCGAACUCCGUCAUAAUUGCCAUGGCGGAGCGGGCUGCCGACAUUAUUGUAACAUGGAAAUAAAAAGAAAAAUCUAUUUUGUAUUUUAUUUUUCGACAGUGUAAAAAAUUAUGUAAUAUAUCAUACAAUAGCUGGAGGUCGACUAUCAGAAAAUAAAUCUUCACGACCAAAAUUGUCCUCCAGUUGAGUAAUUUAAAUUUCAUCCAUGUCACUUAUUGUUAGUAACAAAUCUCAAGGUUUUUCGUGAUUAAUACUCGCGGCAUGGGCUGCCUCUGCAACGGUAAUAUUGUAAUAAAAAUUCAAACAAUUUAAUAAACAGUCUGCCACCAUU